GCGAAUCUAGAUCGAUGCGGUGCCAAGAGCACAGAAUCAAGUGAGUGAGCAUCGUCAGCAGCAUCAUCAUCAACGUCGUCCUCCUCGUCGUCGUCGUAAGCGAAAAGAGUUAUUACUUGAUUUCCUCUUUCCUCUUUCGCGGUGGGGUCUGCUCUGCUCGAGUUUCCGGGCGGAUCCUGAUCUUCGAUCGACCCAGCAGCACAUUGCAGUGAGGAAUAGGAACGGGAGCUGAAGGCGGAGAAGGCGGUAGACCGGUGUCGAUCGCUCGCUCGGCAGAUCUUCCUUCUUCUUGCUUUUCGCAUUAUCCCACGGAGAAGAUACUUUUCCAUGGUCAGUGAUAAGUACGGGAAGAAGAAGAAUCCGUUACUGCAAACGUGUUGUUUUCUUAUGGCGAUGGCUGCCUAGUGUCUGAGAGAAUGUCACUUCAGAGUACCCUACACCACCUCCCUCCCUCCGCCACCGUCGCCCGUCUCUCUCUCUCUCUCUCUCUCUCGUGUCAGGAACCGGCCGCUUCCUCACAUAUUACUAUUCUGUACAGUCACGCAAUUACGGGUCGCCAUGACCUGAUCUGAUCGAUGCAGGCAGUCAACAUUCGGUUACAUACGUCCGAUGCAGAUGGUCCUCUGACUGCUCUCCUUGAGAACAAGCUCGAUUAGCGGCGGACCUCAAUUUGGCAUCCUUGCGGUACAAAUGGAUGGGGACUACUUGUCUCUUUCGGCGAAUCCUUCCAGGAGACAGCUUCCUGCAGAGCAUCGACAUCGACAUCGAUGGUCUACGACCGAAUCUUCGAUGGGCAUUUCCACUUUUCCAUGCAAGUUUUCCCAUAAUACUCGAAUAGAUCGGAUUGCCCUUCCUCUUUCCAUUUAUAGCUUUCGCAUGAUCGUCUAUGUUGCAGAUCCUAAUUUGUGAUGUUGCAUCAUUUUGACAACAUUGUCUUGUCCUUGACAUGUGGGGACUUAGUAACAAAGCAAAAAGGAUGGGAGCGUUGUCUAGCCCUUGUGUGCUAAGAGUUUUGACUCUCAUGCCGUUGCUGACGUAAAGAUGAGGACUCUAGGAAAUAAG